AACACAUACAAAGCUUAACAAUAUAUUUGCCCAUGGAGCACAGGAGCCACUUCAUGCAUCAGGGUCAUGCACUCUUACAAAUUCAUAACACUCAAGAUUACCUUUGUGGUGGCUGCAAAACUAAUGGAGAAGGAACGAAUUUCGGGUGCGAGCCCUGCAAUUUCCAUAUGCACGAUUUUUGUACCAAUUGCCCCAAGAUACUAUCCUCCUUUUUGCACCCACAACACCCUCUAAGCCUCAUGACCAGUAACACUCAAUAUGCGGCGCCUCCUAGGAUCUGCGACGUGUGUGAAGACACCGUUGAGGGUUUGUUUUACUGGUGCCAAACUUGCGAGUUCAGUGUGCAUCCACUCUGCACUCAGUUUCCUCCGUCUUUACGUCACGCUGUUCAUCUUUCCCACCCUCUCAUGUUCCAAAAGUCUUAUAAGGACGCUUAUUGUUGUGUUUGUAACACAGCUGUCCGCAGCUACUUUUGGAGAUAUAGAUGUGGAUGUUGUGAUGGUUUCGAUGUUCAUGUGGAAUGUGCAGCGCUACUGCAGAUUCCACAUGAACAAUCAUCGUCAGAUGAUACGACCAGCAGGCGUCUACCACCUUGGGCUGGUCUUUAUACUUAUGGCGGAGUAAGCUCUGCAGUCAAUUCACAAAACAUGUAUCAUCAGACAACUCCGCCAUAUCCCAUGUACAACCCUUAUGGAGGUGUGUCUUCGAUGCACAAUUUCUACGGGCAUGGUAUGUAUGCACAGCAACCACACCAAUUGUACGGGCAAAUGCAACAUUGUGCGUAUCCAAAUAUGAAUUCGUAUUACAUGUACAAUCCUUCUAUUGGAUUGCCUUACUAUACGAAUCCGCAUAACAUGUACAAUGGGGCGCCGCCAUGUGAUUUCAAUUCACAGCCCUCGCAAAUCCACCAUGGCGACACAAGUCACCAAGGUCAGGCACAUAAUGGGCAAAAUAGCCCAGCCGGAGCUCAAAAAUUUGGCAAAAUGGUUUUUAAAAUCGUGGCUAAUCUAACACUUGGAGUGAUGUCCAAUGUAAUAUUUGGAGCAUUAGGAUUAGCAGCCCUGUAAACCUGCUAGUGAUUCCCCAUUAAUUGCUAUUUGCUGCCCCUAAAUUUGUUUUAUGCAAGGAAGAAUAAGAUAUACAAAUUAAUUGACUUCUUCAGGGCAGAGUUCCAACCUAGUCUUGUAUUGUUUAACUUGUAUCUACUGUUGAAUGAAUCACAUCUAAACUCGUUUUGUCUUUAAAUU